UAUGAGAGGUGUAAAUAAUUUUUUCAUUGAAGUAAUUUAGAAAACAAAAUUUUAUUUUAAAAAAAAAACUAGUUUCCUCUUGUGCUCUCAUUUCCCGGGAAAAUUUUGAAGGAGAAAUUAACGUGGCAAUUCCGUUUUAUAUUUUACUUUAUACGAAAUUUUAAGGAGUUGAAAGAAAGAUUUUAUGAAGAGUGGGAAAAAAAACCGUCUUUAUCCAAUAGGACUCGUUUGGCUAACGAAAAUCUCCACGGACAUAUCACUAAUUCACUAAUGACAGCAAUGAUUGUGUAAAAUCUCGACACAAGUAACCAUGUUGUCAUUGGUAUUAUUAUUAUAUAUAUGAAAAAAAAUUAAUAUUUCAUUAAAAAUACAAAAUGAUAUUUAUUUUAAUUCUUCUAAAGUUACCAUGAUACACUUGAAUAAAUGCUAAAUAAGCACCCAAAAAAUACCACUGCUAUACCCUCGAACAAAAGAACACUUUCCACAUCAUAAAAAGAUAAAAAUACAACAACUAAAUCCUUCCAAGUGGCUCAAAGGACGUCGAAGAGCAAUUUUUUAGAAAGCUUACUAAUAUUAAAUGGUGAAAGAUGAUGUUGAAGGAAACUGUUACUGCAAAUUCUCCUUGUAUGAGAGGAAACACAGAGAAUAUGUGCAACAAAGAUUGACUCAAGUACCUCUUGCUGAGUAAGGCCGGCAGCAUAUUCUUAUUUAGUAACGGAUCACAUUCCUUAACGACAAAUGGCAAAUAUAUAGAGAUUGUUGUAGCUGCUCAGAUCGAAGUGUGCACUUUCAUCCAAGAGCGUUGAUAUACAAUCAACCAAUUAAAAAUUAUCUUAAAUAUGAUUUUUAAUUAUACAAAAUAAUAUAAUCUUACAUGAAUGUCUUUAAACUCACUUUUUCACUCUCUCUAUAUCUAUCUAUUUACUUAUAUGGUUUGUUUUCUUUGUUGUUUUUCGGGUAGAAUGAUACCAUUGAAGGCAAGUACAUUCUGAUAGAUAUCAAAUGGAAAUUUUGGAUUCCUCGAGUGAGAUUGGCCCUACAUAACAAUGCAAAGGUAGAAAGACAUUUCCAAUACACUUGUCUUGGAAAUAUCGGAUCAUUGCCUUAUGAAGUUGGCAACAAUACUUGACUUGGUCCAAUUGGCAACACAUCAUAUCCACGAUUAUAACGGGAAUAAUUCUUUGCAUGAAUCUAUGUCAUUGUAAGAAGUGCAAAAAGACACAUUAACAGUGACCCUCGUGGAAUUUUGUGCCGGGCUAAUAAACUAGGUGCAACAACAACAACUAUCAAACACUACAUAUAUCAAAUUACACAAACAAAGUUUUCAAAGUUUGAAUAAUGUAAUUGCCCGGCCAAUUCCACUCUUGCAUGUUGUAUCCAUUACGGUUUUGGUUGAAAAAAGACAACAGUAAGAGCCAUCUGUUGGCUGCUGAUUUUGCUAAGAGAAUAUAGUUAGUAUAUAUUAGUCUUUUUUGUGUUUUCACUGAGAUUGGUUACAAAACUACUGAAUCUUGAAAAAAUAAAUUGAGGGGUAUCUCUUCAUAGGGAGAGUUAAGGGGAAAUGGGGAACAAUAGUUUGUUUCGUUAUGCAGAUGGAGUGGAUAGAUUGCUGAUGUUCUUUGGGACCUUGGGAAGCCUUGGAGAUGGACUACAGACCCCUCUAAUGAUGUACAUUCUUAGUGAUGUGAUCAACGCCUAUGGAGACAAAAAUAGUCACUUGCAAAUGCAUGAUGUGAACAAGUAUGCGUUGAGGCUUUUUUGUGCUGCACUUGGAGUUGGUCUUUCAGCUUUUAUUGAAGGAAUAUGUUGGACAAGAACUGCUGAGAGACAGGCUUCCAGAAUGAGAAUGGAAUACCUAAAAUCAGUCCUAAGACAAGAUGUCGGUUUCUUUGACACACAGACUGGUGGCUCUUCAACAACCUACCAAGUUGUUUCACUCAUUUCCUCAGAUGCCAAUACAAUCCAAGUUGUCUUGUGUGAGAAGAUACCUGAUUGCCUGGCUUAUAUGUCAACAUUCCUAUUUUGCCACAUCUUUGCAUUUGUACUUUCAUGGAGACUUACAUUGGCAGCCAUACCACUCUCUGUCAUGUUCAUUGUUCCAGCACUUGUAUUUGGGAAGAUCAUGUUGGACCUCGCAAUGAAAAUGAUUGAGUCUUAUGGGGUUGCCGGUGGCAUAGCAGAGCAGGCAAUAUCUUCGAUAAGAACUGUUUAUUCAUAUGUUGGGGAGAAUCAAACACUAAACAGAUUUAGCAGCGCACUUCAGAAAACACUGGAAUUUGGAACAAAGCAAGGUUUUGCAAAAGGGUUAAUGUUGGGAAGUAUGGGGGUCAUUUAUAUAAGUUGGGGCUUUCAAGCUUGGGUUGGAACAAUUCUGAUCACUAAAAUGGGAGAACAAGGUGGCCAUGUGUUUGUAGCUGGCUUCAAUGUUCUCAUGGGAGGCUUGAGCAUUUUAAGUGCCCUUCCAAAUUUAACUGCCCUCACAGAGGCAACUGCUGCAGUCACACGUCUCUUAGAAAUGAUUGAUCGGGUGCCAACCAUAGAUUCUGAAGAUAAGAAAGGAAAGGCCUUGUCAUAUGUGAGGGGAGAGAUUGAAUUUCAAGACAUCCACUUUUGUUACCCAUCUAGGCCAGACACACCAGUCUUGCAAGGAUUCAAUCUCACUGUUCCAGCAGGCAAGAAGGUAGGCCUUGUGGGAGGUAGUGGUUCAGGUAAAUCCACUAUCAUAGCCUUGCUUGAAAGGUUUUAUGACCCUAUUGAAGGAGUAAUACUCUUGGAUGGUCACAAGACUAACAGGCUUCAACUGAAGUGGUUGAGAUCCCAAUUUGGUCUUGUAAAUCAAGAACCUGUUCUCUUUGCCACUUCCAUAAAAGAGAAUAUAUUGUUUGGAAAGGAAGGAGCUUCAAUGGAAAGUGUGAUAACUGCGGCUAAAGCAGCUAAUGCACAUGAUUUCAUUGUCAAGUUGCCAGAUGGAUAUGAAACUCAAGUUGGGCAGUUUGGGUUUCAGUUGUCUGGUGGGCAGAAGCAACGUGUUGCCAUAGCAAGAGCCUUGCUAAGGGAUCCAAAGGUUCUCUUGCUUGAUGAAGCUACCAGUGCAUUGGAUGCUCAAUCUGAAAGAGUGGUGCAAGCAGCCAUUGAUCAAGCUUCAAAAGGAAGGACAACAAUUAUCAUCGCUCACCGCUUGUCCACAAUUCAAUCUGCUCACAUGAUUGCAGUCCUUCAAGCAGGGAGAGUCAUUGAAACAGGUACUCAUAAUGAGCUCAUGGAAUUGACUGAUGGUGAGUAUGCUCACAUGGUAGAGUUGCAGCAAGUAACAUCCCAAACUGAUGAAUUCAAACCUUCCAAUCUUCAAAUAGAAGGAAAGAACUCUCACAGGAUGAGCAUUCAACAGAGUCCAGCUGUAAGUUUCAGAUCAAGCACUGUAGGCAGUCCAAUGUUGAAUCCCUUCAGUCAGGGGUUUUCCAUGGGAACACCAUACUCAUAUUCUAUUCAAUAUGAUCCUGAUGAUGAUAGUUAUGAGGAUAACAUGAAACGAGCUAAUCAUCCAGCUCCUUCACAGUGGCGUUUGCUGAAAAUGAAUGCACCUGAGUGGGGAAGAGCAAUGCUAGGAAUCUUAGGAGCAAUAGGGUCAGGAGCAGUACAGCCUGUGAAUGCAUACUGUGUAGGAACACUUAUAUCAGUUUAUUUUGAAACUGAUAGCUCUAAGAUGAAGUCUAAAGCUAAAGAACUGGCCCUCAUUUUCUUAGGAAUUGGUGUUUUCAACUUCUUCACUAGUAUUCUUCAGCACUAUAACUUUGCAGUUAUGGGAGAAAGGUUGACUAAAAGAAUAAGAGAGAAGAUGCUAGAGAAGUUGAUGACUUUUGAGAUAGGGUGGUUUGAUCAUGAAGAGAACACAAGUGCGUCCAUUUGUGCAAGAUUAUCCUCUGAAGCCAACUUGGUCCGUUCCCUUGUUGGAGAUCGACUGUGUUUGUUGGCUCAAGCAGUUUUUGGGUCUGUCUUCGCCUACACUCUAGGACUUGCGCUCACAUGGAGGCUUUCCCUUGUGAUGAUUGCAGUGCAGCCAUUAGUCAUUGGAAGCUUUUACUCAAGAAGUGUCUUGAUGAAGAGUAUGGCCGAGAAAGCUCGUAAGGCACAAAGGGAAGGAAGUCAACUUGCAAGUGAAGCUGUUGUAAACCAUAGAACCAUAACUGCCUUCAGCUCUCAGAAAAGAAUGUUGGCACUUUUCAAAUCCACAAUGGUAGGGCCUAAAAAGGAGAGUAUUAGGCAGUCAUGGAUUUCAGGCUUUGGUCUUUUCAGCUCUCAGUUUUUCAACACUUCAUCAACAGCACUGGCUUACUGGUAUGGUGGGAGGCUCUUGAUAGAUCAUAAAAUAGACCCAAAGGAACUCUUCCAAGCAUUUUUAAUAUUACUCUUCACUGCUUACAUAAUUGCAGAUGCUGGAAGCAUGACUUCUGACUUGUCCAAAGGAAGCAGCGCAGUUGGAUCAGUUUUUGCAAUGCUAGACAGGAAAACUGAGAUUGACCCUGAGACUUCAUGGGGUGGUGAGAAAAGGAGGAAAAUAAGGGGUAGAGUUGACCUAAAAAAUGUUUUCUUUGCAUAUCCAACUAGACCUGAUCAAAUGGUUUUCAAGGGCUUAUCUCUUAAAAUUGAAGCUGGGAAAACAGUGGCUCUAGUAGGGCACAGUGGUUGUGGUAAAUCAACAGUUAUUGGUCUUAUUGAAAGGUUUUAUGAUCCUGCAAAGGGAACGGUGUGCAUAGAUGAGCAAGACAUCAAGUCCUAUAAUUUAAGAAUGCUGAGGUCACAAAUUGCAUUAGUGAGUCAAGAGCCAGCCCUUUUUUCUGGCACCAUACGAGAAAACAUUGCCUAUGGGAAAGAAAACACAACAGAAUCUGAGAUAAGAAGGGCAGCAUCUCUGGCUAAUGCUCAUGAAUUCAUAAGUGGAAUGAAUGAUGGGUAUGAGACAUACUGUGGUGAAAGAGGAGUUCAGCUAUCAGGAGGUCAGAAGCAAAGAAUAGCAUUAGCUAGGGCGAUUCUGAAGAAUCCUGCAAUACUUCUUCUAGAUGAGGCUACAAGUGCACUUGAUAGUGUGUCAGAGAUCUUGGUCCAAGAAGCACUAGAGAAGAUAAUGGUUGGAAGAACAUGCAUAGCAGUGGCUCACAGGCUCUCUACAAUACAGAAAUCCAACUACAUUGCUGUGAUUAAGAAUGGGAAGGUUGUGGAACAAGGUUCACAUAACGAAUUGAUUUCACUCGGACGCGAUGGUGCAUACAAUUCUCUUGUUAAACUGCAAAGUGGUAGCUCUCCUAGAUAAAAUUUAUUAGUAGUUGUAAUAUAUGCUAGAUUUUUUUAUUUUAUUUUUCUCAGUUGCUUUUCUAAGACAAUAACGUACAAGUUAUCGUAGAAUUCGGGAUUUCCCAUGUUUGCAUGCUUGAAAGCCAUGUGAAAAGAAAAUUCGGAACUAUUUGUCUGUUUCAGGAGAAAGAUUUAUUGCCCUGAUACAAACCAGUAAACUUUGCUUCA